GCCGCCGAGCCGAGCCGGAGAGACACCGCACGGGUCUGCUGUCGCCUGGGGCUCCCUCCCGUCCCCCGGCCUCCCCGCCGCCGCACGCUGCCGCAGCCGCUCCCGGAGCCGCCGCCGCCGCCAGCCUCCUUCCAUUCCCCGCGGCCCCGCACCCUCACCCAGGAACCACCGAUCAUCUCCGGAUUCUCUCCCAGGAGCUUCAAGUAGGGAUAUGUCCUCAGCACCAACCACUCCUCCAUCAGUGGAUAAAGUAGACGGAUUUUCUCGGAAGUCCGUCAGGAAAGCCAGACAGAAGAGGUCGCAAAGCUCCUCACAGUUCAGGUCUCAGGGCAAGCCUAUUGAGUUAACGCCUCUGCCUCUGCUGAAAGACGUUCCAUCCUCAGAGCAGCCUGAACUGUUCCUAAAGAAACUUCAGCAGUGCUGUGUAAUUUUUGACUUCAUGGACACGCUAUCAGAUCUUAAAAUGAAAGAAUACAAGCGCUCCACUCUUAAUGAACUGGUGGACUACAUUACAAUAAGCAGAGGCUGUUUGACAGAGCAGACUUACCCUGAAGUAGUUAGAAUGGUAUCUUGCAAUAUAUUCAGAACUCUCCCUCCUAGUGACAGCAAUGAAUUUGAUCCAGAAGAAGAUGAACCUACCCUUGAAGCAUCAUGGCCACAUUUACAGCUUGUAUAUGAAUUUUUCAUACGAUUUUUGGAAAGCCAAGAAUUCCAACCCAGCAUUGCCAAAAAAUACAUAGAUCAGAAAUUUGUAUUACAGCUUUUGGAACUUUUUGACAGUGAAGAUCCUCGAGAACGAGACUACCUAAAAACAGUCUUACACAGAAUUUAUGGCAAGUUUCUUGGUCUUAGAGCAUUUAUCCGAAAACAGAUUAACAAUAUUUUUCUACGGUUUGUUUAUGAAACUGAACACUUCAAUGGAGUAGCUGAACUGCUGGAAAUAUUAGGAAGUAUUAUCAAUGGCUUUGCUUUACCUCUUAAGGCAGAACAUAAACAGUUUCUGGUGAAGGUGUUGAUUCCUUUACAUACAGUCAGGAGCUUAUCUCUCUUCCAUGCACAGUUGGCAUAUUGCAUAGUACAGUUUUUGGAGAAAGAUCCUUCACUCACAGAGCCAGUUAUUAGAGGGUUAAUGAAAUUCUGGCCUAAAACAUGUAGUCAAAAGGAGGUCAUGUUCCUUGGGGAGCUGGAAGAAAUUUUGGAUGUGAUUGAACCUUCACAGUUUGUUAAAAUUCAGGAACCAUUGUUUAAACAAAUUGCCAAGUGUGUAUCUAGCCCUCACUUUCAGGUGGCAGAGAGGGCACUGUAUUAUUGGAAUAAUGAAUACAUCAUGAGUUUGAUAGAGGAAAACUCCAAUGUCAUCCUUCCCAUCAUGUUUUCCAGUCUCUAUAGGAUUUCCAAAGAACAUUGGAACCCGGCUAUCGUGGCUUUAGUGUACAAUGUAUUGAAGGCAUUUAUGGAAAUGAACAGCACCAUGUUUGACGAGUUAACAGCCACUUACAAGUCAGAUCGCCAGCGUGAGAAAAAGAAAGAAAAAGAACGUGAAGAAUUGUGGAAAAAACUGGAGGACCUGGAGUUAAAGAGAGGUCUUAGACGUGAUGGAAUAAUUCCAACUUAACAACAACACCAAAAUGACAACAGCAUUAUUAACCUGUGGAGUCACACAUUUAUGUAGUAGAAGAUGGAGCAACAGUUUUCUGUAUUGUGCAACUUUACAGUAGAUUUCACAUUUGUUUCAUUAUUACAACAGCACUGUAUAUACCUGUCUCUAAGUAAAGGAAAAAACAAUAAGGACUUAAAUCCAAAGUUUGGAUAGUAGAUGGACUUCUCAGAACUUGGCAAACAUAAUCAUUGUUCUAACCCUACUUUAAAAGCAGUCUUCAGAGAUCUGUUGAUAAAAUUGCUAUGUUAAAAUUCCGUUGUCAGGAGUUCCUUAUUUAUCAUUAGCAGAGAGUAUGAUACAAUUUUCAAAUGUGAACAAUCUUAAAUUUAGCUUGUCUUUCUGCUAAAUUGUUAAAUGUAUUUAUAGUAAAAGGAAAAAAAAAAGACUGUCAUUUCCUUAUAAGUUUGUGUAACAUCCUCCUUCUCUGGAUAACUUUACUGUAAUUUGACAUCUUUUCCUUUUGCACAUCUUCAUAAGUUGAAUGUCCACAAAGAACAGGGCCGUGAAUACACAGGUUCCUGCAAAGGUUUUGUUGUGUGAGCGAGCAUCUUUCCAGUAACCAGGCUAGGCCUCAUACUCCUUCAGUUUUCACAUCAGGAGUAAAACAUAGAGAGGUGAUAAACAUGGUAGGGAAGGGAAUUUUGGAUUCAUGCAUUAGUUUAUGAUGGAUCCAAAUCAAUGUCUUGAAUCCUUUUGAAAACAGGCACUGGUACAUCACCGACUUCAGUACCUAUUCAGUAUUAGUUAUGUGCAUCAUUGAACACAUAUCCCAGAGCUGUUUUCGUAAUGACUGAAAUACAUCUUUUUGGACCACUUUGAGAUAAUAAAGACAAACACUAACCAGUAUAUCCGUGAAAUUGAUCUCCAGGGAUUGCAGAUCGAAUUGGAAAAAGAGUUGAGCGAACAGUUUGGACUGUUUGGAGUUGUUGCCUUACUUUUUAAUAUGUAUUUAUAAAGUAUUCCAGCAAAAGAGGAAGUAGCCUCUGGAAAAAUGUUACAGUGUUUUUGUAGACUCUAGUUGAAUUUCUCAUCCCAGCGCCAGCCCUGUUUUUAGCUGGAAAGGAUUCAGGAUAACAUUAUUAUGCAUUCUGAAUCAGAUGCUUAUUCCUAACUACUGUAUUUGUUACCAAAAAUGGUUCUACAAAUGCUACUGAAAAAAAAAUCUGGAAAUUCCUUAUGUCCUGAGUAUUAAUAAUAAAGUUUAAAAAUGCUUUUAUAUCAAAGGUGCAUUGUGACCAAAUUGUUUAAGGAAAAAUAACAACAAAAAAAAGAGAGCUGUAUCACAAAGUAUACGUCAUUGGCUACCUGCUUUGUACUUAAAAGUGAAAUCUUGAAUCUUUGGUAGGUAAAAUGCUAAUAUGAUUCAUGUGUAGUAUAUAUUUAGCUAAUGCAGUGGCAUUAUUCUAUACCGAAAGGUAUGUAUUGCAGGAUUUUUUUUCCCCCAGGACUCUUUUGAUCUGUUAUAGACGUGAUAACAGUGAGUUGAUAAUCCUAAAUGAUUAGUCCCAGCAGUAUUUACAGUAUAGAGCAGAUUCUGUGUUCAUGCAUCUAAUUGUGGUAGUUACAAACAUGAACAUGUGAACUAUUGCCCUUUGAUGGGAAUACAGUAUAAAUAAUGGGCUUGUAUAUUUUCCUUCCUCCAUUUAAAUAGGUAGUAGAAGAUAGUUUUCUUGUUUCCAAGCCAAAAAAAAAAAAGUGGGGAUGGAUAGAGAGGGCAGCCCUAUCCUCCCUCCCAGGUUACAUGUUUCAGGAUUAUCAGGUCAUAGUUUAUACGUGAAUCAGCCACAUAUGAAUAUCGUCAUCUCAGCAACCUUGUAAAAACUUGACAAUGUUAAUCCUGAAAAUGAAAUAGCAGUAAACUAGUCGUAUGCAACACCAAAAAUAACAUGGUUUAAUGGGAUUACUAGAGAUGUUUUUAAAAAAAAAAUCAAUGGGAGAUUGAUAGAAAUUUGGCAGAGGCUGCCAAAGAUCAUACAACUUCUUUUAAAAUACUGGAGAAAAGGUGCAAGCUCAAAUACUAAAGAUAAAAAUAAAUUUAUAACAAACCAUCUCCUUUAGCCCCUUUGAUUUGAAUAGCCUUUGAUUUCUACUAUGCAUUAUGAUUAUUUUUGGUAGUGUAAUCUUAUAUUUACAGUUAACAUGCCUUUGAAGACUGAGGACGUUAAAUUCAUGGAUGAAUGAACUAAUAAUCUCUGCCCAAUGAAAUGAAACGCAGUCAUUUGAAAUUUUAAAAGGCAAGGAACCUUUCUUGCACCGGAGGUAAUGACUUCAUACAGAUUAUUCUCAGUGUCCACUUGAUAUGUUGAUACCUACACUGAGAAAAACGGAGACGAAUAUUAGACCUACACGAAGAGUUGGUCACAUUAACCCGCUGCCUUUAAGUGGCAGCAUAUCUAAAACUCCUAGGGCAAUUUCUGAGAAGAAACACUAUCUUUUCACUUUUUUUUUUAACUGAAAGAGACAAUGUGACCUUUGUCAUGUUGUGUCCAAUGACGCAGAAUAACCGAGGUAACCCGACUGUUGCACUAUGUGACAUACUUAAGGACGAACUUGCUGCAUUUGCAGCAGCCCUCCUUGUCCCUUCCCACAAUCCUGAUCUUUGCUGCAACUCAGUUGUGAUGAACGCAUCUCAUACUUUUGUUUGCUUCAUAAUUUCCAGAACUAUAUAUAAAUAUAUUUUUUAAAGAGCAAAUAUCGUAGUUAGCGCGUGGUCACUCACUCCCUUGUUCCUACCAUAUUGGUUUCAGGAUGAGGGUUGAGAGUGUCUUCAGAAGAGGACUGUGGCCUAGAUAAAAAGGCAUUAGGUUGUGGGCAUAGAAAAACCAUACCCGUGAAUAUUCCCAUGUCACGUUUAAUCAAGCAUGCAUUCCUUUUCACAUCUUGCGAUUUUCCCCAGUUGUUUUCCUGUCACUUUUUGGGUUUUUUGUUUUUGUUUUGAUCUCCCAAACAUAUGAGUGGGUUGGGUUUUUGUGGUUGUUGUUGUUUUUUGGCUUUUUUUUUUGUAAAAAAUACAAUAAAAAAUUUAAAAAUAAAUGAAUCAAAAAUACUCUUAAUGCCGCUGGAUACUCACGAGCAGGGUUACACUCAGUUCAUCUUGGAUCUGUUUGCAUAAAUAGAAGGGUUUAAUUUAUUUUGUACCUCCUUCUAUAUGUGGAAUCAGGCCAGGGUGCAGAGCCAGGAAUUGCUUGCAUUUGCACCUGCUGUAGCUGUUGAGUAUAGAGCAGGCUCAAUCACACUAUGGAAAGAAAAAAAAAAGUAUAUUUAGAGCUUUAAAAGCUUUUUUAUUUUUUUGUGGGGGGUGGGGCGGGGCCAAGGGGAAGAUGUAUGGAUGUUUAUUAGCAUGUAAAAACAUGUUUGGUUCAGGUUAAUUUUUUUUCUAUUUUUAAUUUUAAUUUUCCAAAUUGGGUGCACCAACUUGUCCCAGAAAGUGGAGUUAUCUCUCUUUCGAUGCUAUUACCAAUGUCAUCACAAAGUGACAGUCACCUGAUAGCAAAAAGAAGGUGACGGCUAGACAUGAUCAAAUGAUGUUUUAUUUGCACAUGGAUAUUUUUAUUUUUAUAUUCUGGUUCAACCAGUUCUCCUAAUGGAGAUAGGAGGCGAGCCACAAAGGAUUUUUCUAGUAGGUAUUGGCAAUGAAUUUUAUAUUCCUCAAUAUCUAGUUUUGAAAGUCUAAAAGGACUGCGCAACGUGGAGGCAAAAUUGAGCAAAUUUUGAUUUAACAGAAUAUCAAUUCACAGACUGCUUCUUUGUCCACUGAAGCAGCAAUUAUCUGUUUAGAAACAAACAUCCUAUAUCAUGAUUUGUAUGAAUAUAGGUCUCCUUUUUUUUGUGAUUGCUUACUGUAAAUAAGUUGUAAUCCAAACCUCAUGUACCAAUGAGGAGUUUUCAAAUAUAAAUAUUAUCAAUAAAUUUCUUGUCCUAUUUUUGAUUGUAGUGUAAAGAAUGACAUGUUCAUGCUUUGGUUAAAGGAUUUAGCAUUAGCUUUAUCUUUUGGUAUGUUAGCAUUUCAUUGUUUCAGCAGGAGAGGGCAGCAAACGUUCAUUUUCCCCCUUAGAAAUGCUGUGGUCCGUUAGGUUUUUUUUUUUUAAAUUUCAUCUAUUUGUGGGUAGAAAUAAAAUGAAACUUUUUUUGAUAUGAAAAGUUGCAUAUGAAAAUAGAGACUGGCCUGACCAGACAGCGAAAAUCUUCUGUUCCUCAUCAGAUGUUAAAAGAAAACGCCACAGAACAAUCUUCCGGCUAAAGUAUAACCAGAGUAUGUAUGCUACUUCCUCCUGAGACCGACAACCAAGUCGAGUGUUUAUACCCAUGGGAUUCCAAAAUGUCAUUCUUUGGAAGUGAUUUACUUUCUUCAAGAUGGUAACAAGGACAAAAUGACUGGUGCUCCCAAAUAUCAAUGUAACCUUCUCCUUUCACGAGUGUGUGGAGGGCUCUGUACUGUGGGUGCAUCGAAAUAAAGAAGCAAUGACGAGUU